GAGCAAGCCUCCCUCCUCCCAAUCCGGAGGUCACGCAAGGGUUCCGCAAGUCCACAAGAAACCCCACAGGAACACUGUGACGCGGCGCCGCGGAAUGAGUGGAGGCUCGGGCUCAGCCGCCGCCCCGCUACUUCCGCUCCUUAGGAGCAUGGCUGCCCGUGGCCCGCCCGGGGAUUGGACGCUGGGGACGGAUGGCCACUGCGAUUGGUCGAGGCCUGACUGACGUCAGGGCGCGGGGCCUACACCGUGAAAGGGGGCGACAUGCGGCCAGACGGCUGCCGGCGAACUACGCUGUGGUUGAGUCGCGCCAUGAGCGUGCUCACACUGGAACCCCGGCCCGCGGGGAAGCGGUGGCUGUUUCCCCGGUGCCGCCCGCAGGUGGCCGGUCUGGGGAACCCUGGACUGCCCGGCACGCGGCACAGCGUGGGCUUGGCGGUGCUGGGGCACCUGGCGCGGCGUCUGGGUGUGGCGGACACCUGGGCGCGCGACCGGCGCUGCGCGGCCGACCUCGCCGUGGCCUCGCUCGAGGAUGCCCAGCUGGUCCUGCUUCGGCCCCGGCGGCUCAUGAACGCCAGCGGGCGCAGCGUGGCCCGGGCCGCGGAGCUGUUUGGGCUGACUGCUGAGGAGGUCUACCUGGUGCAUGAUGAGCUGGACAAGCCCCUGGGGAAAGUGGCUCUGAAGCUGGGGGGAAGCGCCAGGGGCCACAACGGAGUCCGUUCCUGCAUUAGCUGUCUCAACUCCCAUGCAAUGCCGAGGCUGCGGAUAGGCAUCGGGCGCCCCGCCCACCCUGAUACAGUGCAGGCCCAUGUGCUGGGCUCUUUCUCCGCCGCUGAGCAGGAACUGCUGCCUCUGUUGCUGGAGCGAGCCACCGACAUGCUCCUGGACCACAUCCGGGAACGAAGCCAGCGGCCCUCGUUAGGCCCUGACCUCAGUGAAUUCCUGCCUCCCUAACCACCAUGCCCACACAUCAGCCAGGUUCACAGAGGUGCCGUGCCAACCUGUGGUAUCCACUUUUUAUAGACCUCUUCUCUGGGCUGCCCCAGGCCACCUAUAGAUUAAAGAGAGGGGACUAUGGCCACAAUGGUCCACUUCUGGGAUGGGGAUUGGUCUUCUCUCUGUGUUUUACUUGGAAAGUAGAGAAACUUCAGGAAGACUAAACUUUUUGAACCUUUUCGGAGAA